AAUUUUAUGUAGAGGGCGUCAAAUCGUUAAUGACAUAUGAAUCAAUCUACUCUAUACUGUUUUAGGCUGUCUUUGUUUUUGGAAUUUCGAAACUAGUUGAGACUAGCUGAUGGUUAAUGGCAUUUGUAUAUUAUAAGUGCUUUAAAAACAUGCUGGUAUUGCUAAUAGAACUUUAUGACGGGCGUAAGAUAAAUCAGAUGGUUCAAUCAGAUUAUUCAUAAAUUCAUUAAACUUUAUAUGAGUGUCUGGCAUAGGAAUAAUCGUCAUGCUUUUUCUUCUAGCCAAUCAGAUCACAAUGUUAUGUUUUUAACUUUUUAGGGGUCGCGGUCGUGAACUCUAACCUUUAUAAAUAUUUUAUUUGGACAACAUUGCGACAACUUAUUAACAGCUUUGAAGGUAUCUAUACCGAUGUAUUUUUUAUUCUGAAUAAAGAAGUGGUGUGUAGUUGGUGAAAAAUGCUAAAUUAUCAUUUUCCAAAAUAUCGAUGGGUUAUCCAUACCCAUAGGAAUUAUCGUUCAUAUGAAAGUCUACGUGGAUUUUCCUUUCUUAGCCGUUAGGAAGAUUUUACGGAAUUUUUAUUAUUAAAAUUGUAUCCAAAGCUGUUUUGAAAAGAACUUUGAAAUCAAUUUCUGCAAAGACUUACUACGAAUAUGUUGUCGCGACUGCCAUGACAUCUGUUACUGAUGGUCCUGUCAUUUCUUCCACACUAGAUAGUAGUUGUGAGUCUCGAAGUGCUGCGAGUCUUCAUAGUGAUUACCCAGAUAGCCCACAAUGCUCUCCUUCAAAUCAAAACCAGACCUGUGAUAGCAAAGGAAAUAGUGAAACAGGUGAUGUUAAGGUUAAAGAGGAACCCGCCAGUCCGGUGAGCAUAAGUGAUGUUCUGAAACUUACAAGUGGCCCUGGGCCAUUAGAUUUAGGCUCUGGGUUUUCAUUCAAUUCUCUGGGGAAAAGUAGCUCAUGUAGCUCAGAUUGGGCUACUAAAGUGAAAGAGUGGCAAACUGCAGAGCAAUUAACAAGAAUGAGAGAUGAAGAGCCUUUGUUAAAAAAUGGAAACGAUCGAAAAUUCAAUGAACUUUGUAUUGUUUGUGGGGAUAAAGCUUCAGGCCGACAUUAUGGUGCUGUUAGCUGUGAAGGGUGUAAAGGGUUUUUUAAACGUAGUAUACGUAAACAGCUAGGCUAUGCUUGCAGAGGAAACCGCGACUGUGAAGUUACAAAACAUCACCGUAACCGCUGCCAAUAUUGCCGUCUUCAAAAGUGCCUUGUUAUGGGCAUGAGAGCAGAUUCUGUCCAAUCUGAAAGAAAACCAGCUGAUUCUAGAGAGAAGACUGUCACCCCUCCAAUGGCGACAAGCUCACAAAGAAUCUAUGUACGUAAGGAUUUCAGAACUCCUCUUGCUGCUUUGCCAUCAUACAGCUCUUAUAAGGAUGUACGAAGCAAUUCUAAUACUGGCAAUUCAGAUCUAAGCACAUUAGCAAAUGUGGUAACUUCAUUAGUUGCAUUGAAGCAAAACUCAAAUGAUCAAUGCGAUAAAUCACUAGUCACUGCUAAUGGGGAAUCCCAUAACAGGUUAUUAUCUAAAGAUAAUAACAAUAUAAUAUCCAAAGCCUUUGAUACGAUGGUGAAGGUUGCUGGGGGUUGUUCUGAUCAAUUAUCUCUGCCACUAGAACCUGAAAGUGAUUCAUUGUUUGAAUUUGAUGGUCCAUUACUUUUAGACUCUCAUGUACAAUUUCAUCUAACCACUCCUAACCCUGGAUCAUCGUAUCUCAACGUCCACUACAUUUGUGAAAGUGGCUCUAGGCUUCUUUUCCUUUCAGUCCAUUGGGCUAGAUCCAUUCCUGCCUUCCAAUUACUUCAGCCAGAAGUUCAGGCUACAUUGGUACGAAGUUGUUGGAGUGAGCUAUUUACAUUAGGUUUAGCUCAGUGUUCACAAGUCAUGUCUGUAAAAACAAUUUUCAACGCUAUUAUAACUCAUUUACAAUCAAGUGUUCAACAAGAUCGGUUAUCAGCUUCUAGAGUGAAACAAGUAACUGAUCAUAUUUGCAAACUGCAAGAUUUUGUAAAUUCUAUGCUUCGAGUUCAAGUUGAUGAACAUGAGUAUGCUUAUUUAAAAGCAAUUGUACUUUUUAGUCCAGAUCACCCUUCACUCCCCAGUGCAAGACAAGUGGAAAAAUUUCAGGAAAAAGGGUACCAAGAAUUAAGAGCCUACAUUGGGCAAACAUUUCCUGAAAAUAAUGACAGAUUUCCAAAAUUGCUUUUGAGAUUACCUGCUCUUCGGUCAUUACAGCCAUCGAUCACUGAAGAACUGUUCUUCUCUGGUUUAAUUGGAAACGUUCAAAUUGACAGCAUCAUUCCUUACAUUUUAAGUAUGGAUUCCAGUGAAUACACCCCAGAAAUGAGUUCCCAUCUUGGAGAACAUGUGCCAGGGAGUAAUCUUCCACAGUGAUCAAUUGAAGUGACCUUCCCACAAGUGUGACAUUUCAUUUUAUUAUCUUUCUCUUCUUCAUGUUUUGGUCUUGUAUACAAGUGACUUUAAGCUCUGUUAGUUUUACUGGAUGCUGCUUCUUAGUAGAAAUUAAAGAGAAGACAUUUUCCAUGCCCGGUUUUUUAAAUAAAUGAUAUUUUAGUAAAGUGUUGUACAUUUUAUUAAGACUAAAGGGAUGGGAUGGGUAACUCAACCCAUAUAACUUUUGUUGAAGUAUAAAAAAGUUAAUAUUUUGUACAUUUUUGUUCAAGUUUCCCUGUUCCUAUGUUACCGGUGCAAAUAUGGUUUUAUUUAAUGCCAUACUGUUCUGUUUUGUGAAUACACAGAAGUUAUUUACUAAGAGAAGAAAUUUAUGAACUUUACAAGUAGUUUAAAGUUCAUAUCUCAAUACUCCAUAUUCAUACUCAACAUCUGGACAAAAGUGUUAAAAUGCAACACAGUUUGAAUUUAUUUGUACAUAACCUAAAAAGUAAUGUCUUUCUUGUGUAAUGUUGUUUGUGACUGCCAUUUAUGUUUUUAGAUUGUACAGUUAUUAUUAUUAUUAUAACGCAAAACUUUAUAUUAUUGUUUAACUAUUAUAUUCAAUUUGUGUUAAAAUUUGUUAAUUUUAUUUCAUUUAGAUAUAAAUGAUACGUUAAUGAAACAUGCUUGUAUAUUUUCAUGACCUGGUAUCAUAAAUUUUGAGUAAUAAUUAGUUUAUUUAUACAUAAGCAAAGAUACGGUUAUAAGAAACAUAACUUAGAAGCCUUUGGUGCUGCAGUAUUCUGUGUAAAAUGUUAGAGCUGUGAUAUUUCCGAUGUCUGUGGUGUCAUGAUAUAUUCCUAGCAUGUGCUAUUUGAGUAAACUAUGUUCAUUUUCUGGUAUUCAUUCUCUAGAUAUCCACAGAUGCCUACUUGCUCUGCUUUGUGAGGAAAUUUUUUCCAAUAAUAGCAAAAUUUAAGUUUUAAUUCCUGAUAAUUCAUUUGAUUCCUGAUUAAGUACAUUGAAAGAUAACCAAUUUUUUACACCACUACAUAGAAUAAAUUUUUGUACACAACUACAUUAUAAACAUGUAUAUAAAAUUCCACUUAAUUCCCAUUAUUUUAUGGUAAGGUGUUUUCAAAAUUAAACAAAUUCUGAAAAUUUUAGUGUUAAUUAUUCUACCACUUUCUAAAAUAUUUUGCUGAAAGCAGUGCUGUUGGCAUCCCUGGAUAUAUCUAUACAUAGAUAUCUACUAUAUAUCUAGAUCUAUAUAUUAACUCAAAAUAUUUUUAUCUCUAAAAUGCCUUGUAUAAUUCUAGAUGUCAAUUCCAAUGGAAUUAAGGCUGUAUUUUUUGCUCUUAUUCUAGUCCUUUGAGUAAUAAUCUAAAACUGUAAAAAAAUAAUAAUUUAUUCUUCAUAAGACUUGAGUGAUUCUAUUGUCUUAUAUUUCUAUCAAAAGUAUUUUUCUGUGUAAUCAAUUUGUUUUUAACAUUGUAACUGAAUUGUGUAUGUUAGCUAUAAGGUGAUAUUUGUUAGUCAAAGCUAGUUUUACCUUUACAUUUUUAUGUAAAUACUAUUAAUAUCAGCACAAGUUUUAGUUGAUUACAUUUUAUUUUUACCUAUAUGGCAAUGUUUUGACCUAAGGAAUUUUUACAAAUAUUUUGUUCUCAGUUCAGCCCCUAAAGCUUUUUAUCAAAUUUUAAAAGAAAAUUUAAAAUUGAAGUUUUUUUAAUAUCCUCUGUACCAAUUGGUAUUUAUUAUUCUUUAUUUCUUUCUUCCUUCUCUUUAUUUUUCUCUAAAGUUGUAUUAAAUUUUUUAGCUGACUAUAAUGACCCAUUUUGUUACAUAAAAUAAAUAUACUUCCCUGAAUUUAAAAUUAAGUUUCUAACAUUCAAUCAUCUAUCCUGUAUACACAUUUUUGUAGUUGAAGAAUCGCUUCAAAAACAUUGAGUUUUGUAACACCAAUCAAGGAAAGUCCAAGGUAUACAGUGUAGCACUCAUAUUAGCUAAACUUUAAAUAAAUUUUAGCCAUUCUUAUUCUCAAUAUUAAAAG